AUGCUGGGCUCAAACAUCUCCUCGGGCGUCGGCGGCAACGACGGCGACGAGAUCGAUGGGCUCUCUGGCCCCGGGGCGGUUGAUAGUGGAGACCAGGAGGGCGCAGUGGUCUGCAGCACCGCCUGCACGGCCACCCUGCCCACUCAAGCGUGCACGAGCAUCGUGGGCGAGUGCCUCCAAGCCAACCCUGCUGCGCUCCUCAACGGGGGCACCGUCGGGACAGAGGACGGCGAGAGGGAGUUCGGGCGCCAGCGCUCUUUGGGCGGCGACGCCCACGUCGACGCGGAGGAGACCGAGAUGCUCGAGGUCGGCGACAGUGGAGGAGAGCCCUCCAGCUUCGGCGCAUCGGCCCACGAGCGGGAGCUUGCGUCGCCCGUCAUCUUCGCUUUCGCCCCUGAUUCCACCCUGGUCUUAGGCGGCGGCAAUCGCAGACGAUCGCGCGUGCUCCAGCGGCUCAUGGCGGCGAGCGAUGCGGUCCCUCUCGUUGUUGGCGGGCCUGCGGAGCGCUCGGCGGUCCUCGACCGCUUCUCGCACGCCCAGCUGUGCUACGAGCAGGCUCGGCUCGUCUGCUCGGUCGUCCCGAUGGCUCUGCACCGCUGUAGCAGGGAUCGGCUGCAGCGAUCGAUCCUCGAGGGCUCGCCUCGCGGCGCCCCCGCACUGCCGUUGGCGUACCUCGAGGGUCCUGCCAGCGCGUCGGGCGACCAUUCGCGGCGAGCGCUUCCCGAGCCUCGCCGCUCUUCCCCGUCCUCCGAUGAGCUUUUUCGAGGGAGCGGCUUCGGUGGUCUAUCCUCGGCUUGA